AUGUCGGCCAGAAUUGAGCAGUACCUUUCGACCGUCCGCCAGGACGACACAGCAGCGGCGCACAGAGAGAUAGGCCUGGCCCGGCACAUCCUGCAGUCCUGCAACAUAUUCUUCAGCGAGCUCGAGCGCAUCAAGCUGGGCGUGCGUGGCGAGUGCGCAAAGACCCUCUGCCAGUCGGAGUGGGCGGUAGCCGAAACCCGCGUUAACCGCCUCUUGAACGAGCUCUGCACAACCGAGCAGGCAGAGCACACGUCGCCAAACGUCCAGCACCUGGUUGACGCCAGCCAGGCGACUGUGGGAGCACUGCGCACAUGCAUCCAGACUCUGGCCGCAAAGACAGAGCUGGGCGAGACCAACGAGUAUGUAUUGCGAACUGCUGCCAUGGCGCUGCACACAGUCGCCAUGGAGAUCAUGCUGGCGCAUGACGAGCUGCACACGCUCAAGGGCCGCCGCAAACCAACCAGAAACCAUGAGCCACCGGAACCUGGCGCAGGCAGGCUGGCGGUCCGCGGAUCUGCAGACCAGUUGCCACCAAAUCUGCCAAGACCCACAGACAAUGGAGCCGCGGCCAGCCCCGAAUCCGAGGACGUCUUGCUUGUCAAGGACGCGAUGCGCGAAGCGUCAGCACUGGCUGGCCUGCUGCGCAUCUUCGCAAGGGUAUCGCAGCACUCGUGGGUGUCGAACCGCUCGCACCUGGCCCACGCGCCGUCAGUACCCUCACCGCUGUCUUCCGGCGCCAGCACGCUGCAGCACCGUCGGUGGGUGUCGGAGGACAUCGAGACCGAAUCCAGCACAACCCCAGGCCUGCGCAUCACUGUCGGCAGCAACCGCAGAACGUCUGCCACUGCCGCCCCACACGCUGCCACUGCACCACCUACUGCAUACUCUGUAAAUAGCACCACUGACACACCACCGUCACAUCUGCGAAAUCAGUCCGACAGCCAGCUGCAGACAUCUACAUCCAGCAACGGCACUCCCGCUCCACACACGGCUCCACCGCCGCUGGUCCAGCACAGGUCAGCGUUGUCUAUGCGCCGGUCCAGCAGGCAGCCCAGCAUCGGUGGCAGCACGCCGGCGUUGCCUAUGGCUGAGCCCACGGAGCGGUCAAAACAAGUGCGGUUCUCCACUGCGCACCAGCCGAUCGGCGACCAGCCCAUCGACCAGAGCAGCCUGCAGGAGCUGUCGCAGGCACUGUCCAAGCUUGAGCAGGCGGUUGUAGACCUAGAGUCUGCUAUGGCCCAUGCGCUGUCGGACUGCGCCCCCGCAAUCAAGAGCCUGGUCAUCGCCUUUGCCCAGAUCUCAAAGGUCUCGUCCAGCAGCGGCAUGGUCAAGCACUACGACAAGAACAUCCUGGCCCGCUUCAAGGCAACGAUGCAGGCAGUCAAGCUGCUCAUGCCGCUGAGUUCGCCAUCCAAGUAG